CUUUGGCCAGUCAGCCUGAUUGAGUUCAUGGCUACUCACGACUCACGACACUCGUGACUGGACGGCUCGGAUCUACACGCACGCACACCAGCGAUCGGCUUUGUGCUGGGUCACUGUUAAUUCUUUGAACUCUUUGAUUGUCCUCCACAGCACAACGCACGUGGACUCUCGGCUGAUAUCCAACGGAGGGCGCCGAUCAUCCCUGCCAUCUCGACCUCCUAUCUCGCAACACGCGCCAAUCUGAGCCUAGCGAUACCGCAGCCCAUUCGCUUGAACCAGCCAGAUGUUCGGUGACAGCAAGCCACGCUUUCCCACGCGGACCAUCGGAUUGUCAUACGAUUAAGUCUCGCACAGUGAGAUUGCUGCGCUCCCCUUCGCAGCUUGCUAUCAUAGACUGCCAAGAGCUCGAGCAUGGCCCCCUCAUCCGCGAAGGAGAUCUCCAAGUUGUCAGAAAUGGCCGAGGGCGGGCAAAGUGUGGUGACAAUGCAGUCCAGGAGUAGUCCACCAGCUGCCAGUACAUCGGGUGACGGCGACAGUCUCCGCCGUGCGACUGCACUGGCACUGCAAACACUUGGCAUGCACUCGCCUCGUCGUCGCGACCUCGCUCUUCAAUCAGUGGAUUCGGCAGAAGCUCCGAGAGGCGGCGUCGCAUCACCGACAAAACCCAGCUCAGCUGGCUUGGUCGCCUCACCAACGCUCUCAUCUGCACUCGAUGGGCGUCCACCUGCUUCACCGAUUGGGCCACGCGCUGCUCCCUCGUCGCCCCCAUCGAGGCUGGCUGGCACUUUGGGUCUCUCGCCGCAUUUAGCCGACUUUGCCAAUGGCAACUCGUCCACAGCUUCGUCCUCCACUGCCGUGUCGCCAAGCUCUGUCACUGCAGACGUUCACGGCGAUAUUCAACAGCCCGGCGCAGACGAGGCACCAGCCUCUCAGGAUAGCGGCAAGGCUGGGCUGGGCGCGAGGCCUGCGUCUCCCGCAGUAGCACCCUCUCCGAGCAGCGCUCCGCCCAACUUGGAAGGUUUCCCGAACUCAGCACAGUCAAUGCCGCUCUUCGCCUUCACCACAAGUCCACCACCUGAGUCAGGCAUCAUUGCAUACUCUGACUACUCAACGAAUGCGCCAUCUUCCAGUGGGGUGGGAACGUCUCCGCAGGCGAGACCGCUGGAAUCGGUGGCACAGAGCGGUUCCGCUCCUGUCACAGUACCUAACGCUGUGCGAAAGUCGAGCACGUCCACCUCAUCUCCAACAUCGCCAGCAGCCAGAGAGCUGCCCUCUACUUCAUCAUCGUUGCAAGUGACCGCAGUUGGUCCUGGCUCGAGCCAUGGAACACCGCCCUUCCUCUCGCCGAGCUCGCGAAGUCCAAGCACUGGCAGCCUGAGCGCAGGCGGUGGCUCAAAUCAUGGAAGCGCUGUCGGCUUCUUUUCGUCGUUGCGGCCCUCCUCGCCGAUGAGGCGAGCAAACACGGAUGAUGGGUCAUCGGUAGUCUCAGCGACCAGUGCGAGCUUGGCCGAUACAGGGGCUGGUCCAUCAAGUGUCACGACCGGCGGAAUUUCGGCAUUCCGAGACAGGAGGAGAGAGGCAAAGGAGCGAGAGAAAGCCAGCACAAAGAGCACAGAUGAGGCUCGAGCGAGGAGGCCCAGCAGCGUCUUUGAGCACGUCGGAGGAAUGUGGGAGCGAUUUGGCAAACGUGUGCAUUCGCGCGGAGAAAGUCGCGACUCUUCCUCGCAGGGUCACCGACGUGGAGUGAGCGCAGCGUCCUUGACGAGUGGAGGUGCGAUGCCCUCGGGUAGUGCCUUGGACACUAAUGAAGAGGCAGAAGAGCAGUCGCCGAAUGGUUCCUACCUCGCAUACACUAGCGAUCGCUUCAACUCUAACCUAGUACAGGCGCAAUAUGCAGCUGGCAGCAGCAGCAGCUCGAACCUUCAGAUCGCAGACGUUGGCGAAGCACAUGCCACAGGCGCCGACCCGAUGGAGGUACUGGAUUCACCACCUCUAGAUGCGAACGAGCUUGAUACCAGCCAAGGUGCAGAUGGACUUGCUCGUGCCGAGGCAUCUACAACUCCUCUGCGGCCACCAACCAGACCUGCCAGCACCCCGCUAGAGCGCGUGCUGAUCCAGGUGACCGAGGACAAUGAACGCUUUUCGGUGGUUGACAUCUCUGGUCUUAGCUCUGCUGCAGCUAUCAAGGAACGUAUGCUGAGCAAGUUGCAUAUUUUCGAUAGCGAGCACUCCAGCUUUGCGUUGUAUCGCACCGAAAUCGGUCAAUCAGAUGCAACGGGUCCGCGCAUCAACGAUGAUGCCCUGCUUGCACAAUGCUUGCAGCUCGGAGAUAGCAAGGGCACCUUGAAAUUUCUCAUGCAACAGACCAUUCCAGCGCGAGAUGGUGAUAUGCUACCUCCUCCUGUCUCUGGCAGUCUUUCGCCACAAAAGACUCUCAGAGAUCUUCCUGGAUCCAAAGCUUCCUACAACGUGUCCAGCAGCACGUCUCAGAGCGGAGCUGCGCCCAACGUUACUGGACAUUCGAAAUCGAGCAGCUUGUCGUCAAAGUCGACCGUCAGUGACGUCCUUGCGUACAGCGAUGCGCUUGCCGAUGGGAUCUCGGAAAGUCAGUCCCUACGCAGCGCGUCGACUUCGGGAAGCAUGAUCCAAAGGGGACGAGCUAAGCCUCGACGGCCUGCGACUGCUGGCGAGUAUGGGAAGUCGCCGCCGAACUCCGCUUCUUUGCGCGGCUUUGCACUCGGCUCUGUUGCAGAGCAGCAAGGGACGCCAAUUUCUUCGAUCACCCAUUACCGUAGGCCAAGCGUCCCAAGAGACGACACUGUGGUAGAGGAGCUGGAUGAUGAGGAUGAGAGUACACGUACCAGUCGGCCAGCCGCUGGGCAAGUACACACCCGACGUCCUUCUUCCGGCAAAUCCCAGCCAUGGGUAGCGCCAUGGGAAGAGGUGUUACCACCUUCUCGUGAAGGUGGUCCAAACGAAGGGACGCACGCACUGCGGAAUCGGCCUCCUUCGCCCUCACUCGUUCUGAGCCCGCAGUUGGGAAGUUCCUCGAGCGAUGUCGGCCGAGGUCCUCGGCGCUCGGACCAGCAAAUGAUGGGCAGAAUGGGUUCGCAAACUUCAUUGCAGGACGGUGGUGCGCUGCCUCGGAGUCUUCUCACCAGUGGCGGAAGAGAUCUGCGUCACCACGACUCGGCCGCGCAAAUGUAUGCUGGUGCUUCACCACCUUCGGAACACGGCACCAGCUUCGAUCACCGCCAGCGGAAUGACACCGCUUCCGACCGCAGGCCUUCCUACUCAGAUGGCGCGAGCAGCCCGAUGCACGCUGCGAAGAGCAUGGAUGAUCUUCGAUUGCGCAACGCCGCUCCUCCUGCUCCGCCUCCGGGCACCAUGCCGCCGGCCCGUAAUCCCGAUCUGCUCGCUUUCGGCGGUGUCCAUCCACUGGACACUCUUGAUGGUCGUUAUCCAAGCCCAAGUGUGGCGAGGGCUACUCCGACCCCACCUUCCGCCAGCAGUGGAUCUAGUGCUCCGGCCCGUCAUCACAGCGGCGAUGUCCGGGGAUCUCCCUUCGUUCACGCGUACGCAGGACCACAGGAUCAGUAUCGUGCCCGCGCUCCGUCACUAGCAGAGUCGACGUAUCCGGACCAUCAGAAAGCUCGAGCACCUUCAUUUGGCUCUGCUUACAGCAGCGACGGAAGAAUGCUCGCGCGGCCAGUAUCGGAUCCAAGACUUCUCGCGAUGCGACCGAUGCCCUCGCCGGGUUUCAACACCCAACCGCGACCUAGCCCUCACCAGUAUCAGGCCGGUCCUGGGCCUCUCGCUCCGCAAAGCUCCCAAGGCCACGCCAUGAAUUACGAUGGCAGGUACGUGCAUCAAGCUAGACCCCCUAACCAGCAAUAUGCCAACGAAUUCGGCGCGCGUAUGACGCAGUACGCUAUGGCAGGUUCCGUGAGCGAUCCGAGGCUGCAGCCUCCAGCAACCAUGCCCGGACGCAUUUCGCCAGCUCCUUUUUCUUCUCGACCGCACACCUACCAUGACAUGCAAGCGCAGCAUUCUGCUUACUUCAGGCCUCCGCCGCAAGGACCGAGUCCUCAUAUAGCCCAUCAAUCGCCUGGCUUUGUUCCUCGAGAAGACCCCUUUGCAGCAGCGCAUUUCCCCGCGAGCAGCUCUCGGCAGGUGUCGGAAUUUCAGCGCACUGCAUAUGGGCCAGGAGGAUUGCAACCUGGCAAGACUGUGCAGGAAACGCUGCGCUCGCAGCACCAUCCCCAGCCACAGUUUCAGCCACAUGGGCACAGCUUUGGUCCUCGCGAACCGCGCGAUCCUCGUUUGGCAUGGAAUGGACCGCGUCAGCCAUAUGAGCAAGAGCACCCCGCUCAGCCUUAUCGCACGGCGCCUCGAGCCGAAAGUCCAGCGCGACCGAUGCACACUUCCGCGCAGAUGCCCCAGCAGAGCCAGCACUAUGGACGCACCGGGCCGUAUGUGGAGCACCAAUCUGGUCCCCCGAGUCGCUCCCUAGAAACACAGCAACGAUUCCCUCAAUCGACUCAGCUCCCGAAUAACGGUCCUGGAAGUCCAAUGUCGUUCAUGAGUGGAAUUCAGCAAUCAUCGCCUUCUGUGGCGUCACUUUCGUUCGCCGGGCCUUCGGCGCCUGCGUCGUCUUUCCAGCCGAGUCAAGAACAGCAUCGGCCAUCAGAAAGAUCGUCGGGAUCCUCGUAUGCGUCAUUCGCAUCUGGCGGAAGGAAUGUCUCUGUGGAAGAUCAGACAGCUCGCAACUCGGUGGGAGAAUCCAUUGGCAGCGCUCCAACGUCUGCAAGAAGCUCAAGGAGCGAGCCGCUGAGCCCGAGUACUCAAAAGAGACUACUGGAAACCAAAGCUGGUACUCCUGUAAGCACGAACCAGGCGCUUACAGGUCAGAGCUCGCCAAAGGUCCCAUAUGACGCUGCCAGACGGCCUUCGGUGGAGGAUCAAGAUCUUUUGAACAUCAGACCACUUCCCAAGCCGCCUCAAAGCCAACAGCAGCGAAGUGACGCCUCGCGUACUGAUCGCAUGUUGUCACCGGUCCAUGUGAGCUCGACUGACGACGAAGGCACUUUCGACGCGUCGAGAUGGGCGACGGUGCUCAGCGCAAUUGAUGGCGAUGGUACUGCGAGGCCAGGCGAUGGCGCGACGUUGCGGCCAGACAGAUCGGACUCGUCGACGACGACGAACGCCCGCUCCUUCACCUCAGAGUCCUCUUCAACUACAAUGAAAGCUGAAGAUGAGCUGGACGAUGCUGAAGACGGCGGUGGCACAUUCGCUUCCUUCGUGGACGACGAUGACGAUGACGAUGCCGCUGGAACCUGGGCGCGUCCAUUGGAUCCCACGGCCUCUGCGCUCAGUCAGAUUCGAUCUCAGACUGGCACCAACGCGCCUGAGAUUACGUUGUCUGUCUCGCACCAUGGUACCGGCACGACGCUGCACGACCCUGGUGUAUCACAGGAAGCCGGUUCUCGUAGCCCUCGAAGACCUCAAUUGACGAUCAGUAUAGACUCGAACAAGGGAGGCCAAAGCAGUGCGCACCCCACCUCUCCUCGCACUCGUCAGCUUUCGAUCGCGAAUGCGGCGUCGUCUCUUCUACAACCUACGGAGCCUUCCUCUGCCGCGUCUUCCAAACCGAUGACUCCGACGUUGUCCGGCGUCAAUCGUCGAUUGUCGUUCGCGCAGCGUGAAACCGAUUGGGCGCCGCGUCCGCCUCCCGAACAGCUCUACGAGAAUUUGGACGAAUUCUUCCCGAAGCACGACCUUGACAAGCCUGUGCUCGAGGCUUUGAUACCGGGCAGUCCCCUUGUAGGCAGUCCAAAAACCGACGCCAACGUCGCUCUCGCUCCGCCAUCCUCACCAACCGCAAUGACGGGUCGUGGCAUCGGACGCAGUGGUCACAAAAAGUCUAUCAGACUCGUAGCUCAAGACCGCAAGCGUCUGCUCGAGCGCGGGGAGACCACUACCAGGCGUCGACUUGAAGGUCUCAGCAAUCUGGAAAGAAGGCGUAGUACCAAGCUCUGGGGCGGCAAGGUGAUCGAGAUGACCCCUGGCACGGACCUGAAUCAGCCGGUCUCGGCCACUUCCGUCGCAUCUCCGACUGCUGACGCAAAUUCGAGACCGGUGUUCAAAUGGGUCAAGGGCGAUCUGAUUGGAAAGGGUACUUAUGGGCGGGUGUACCUCGCACUGAAUGCGACGACUGGUGAGAUGAUCGCAGUCAAGCAGGUCGAGCUGCCCAACACAGAGAGCGACAGAUUGGACGUGCGGCAAAAAGGUAUGGUGGAUGCUUUAAAGUCAGAGAUAGAGACUUUGAAAGACUUGGACCAUCCCCACAUCGUGGCGUAUCUUGGCUUUGAGGAGACAAGACAAUUUUUGAGCAUCUUCUUGGAAUACGUACCUGGCGGUAGCGUGGGCAGCUGCUUGCGAAAGCAUGGCAAGCUCGAGGAAAACACCACCAAGUCCUUCGUCCAUCAAGUGCUCACAGGUCUAGAGUACUUGCAUUCGAAAGGCAUUCUGCACCGAGAUCUCAAGGCCGACAACCUGCUUGUUGACCAAGACGGUGUGGUCAAAAUCAGUGACUUCGGAACCGUGCGCAAAGGUGCCGACGACGUAUACGGCGAUGUCGCAUCUAUGAGUUUGCAAGGGUCCAUCUUUUGGAUGGCGCCGGAGGUCCUCACUUCAACGCGGGGAUACAGUGCGAAGGUAGACAUCUGGUCCCUGGGAUGUGUGGUGCUCGAGAUGAUGGCGGGGCGCCGCCCUUGGAGCGAUCAAGAAGCUGUCGAAGCUAUGUUCAAGAUUGGGGCAGAGAGGAAAGCCCCACCCAUCCCUGCAGACGUUCGCCUCUCCAAAGCAGCUGCUCACUUCUUGCGCAACUGUUUCCAGACGGAGCCUGCAAAUCGGCCAACUGCAGCAAAGCUGUUGACCCACGUCUUCCCUCACGUCGAAGGUGGUUGGAGCUUCAGUCAGACUCAACUGUACAGACACCUCAAACGUUGAGAUCAAGGAUCCGCCCACGCACAAUUUCUGCCAUAGUUGCUUACAUCGGUCUCGCUGUGCACGAGGAAUAUCCAUGGUUGUUGUUAUGUAAAG